AGUUAUCCGUCUACAAGGAGACCUGUAUAGAUCACAUGAUGGCACCAAUGAGGAUGGAGGAGGACCGGAGUCACAUGACUGAGAAGAUACUAAACCUCACCCUGGAGAUCAUCUACCUGCUGACCGGAGAGAGAUUUCCUCUUCUGAAGUCAGGUGAUCAUAUGACCAUCACAGUGCCUCCAUGUGACUCCCUAAACCCUGAGAGACACAACAUGCAGAAGAUUCUAGAAGUCACCAAGAAGAUGAUGGAGCUGCUGACAGGAGAGGUUCCUAUAAGGUGUCAGGGUGUCACUGUCUAUUUCUCCAUGGAGGAGUGGGAGUAUUUAGAAGGACACAAGGAUCUCUACAAGGACGUCAUGAUGGACAAUCAGCCGCCCCUCACAUCACCGGGGUAAGAGGAGACUUUAUUGUAAAGGAGAGAGCAGUACGGAGGAUCCACCUAGAUCCCCCAUCAUCUGAUAAACACAUAGAAACAAUGGAUUCAGUCAGUGUGUGUGUUUCCUACAGAUGGAUC